GGCGCGGACUUCGACGGGGCCGAGUGGCGAGUGCCAAGCGAGCCUGCGAGUCGCCCCCGAGGGUCCCGACGGGCCGGCACGCUGCUUGGGGCCUUGGGGCCAAGGACCCGAGUCCCUCUCCGCAGCGUCGCCAUGUCCUCCGUGUUCGGGAAACCCCGCGCGGGCGGCGGGCAGCAGAGCGCGCCCCUCGAGGUCAACCUGGCCAUCCUGGGGCGCCGCGGAGCGGGCAAGUCCGCCCUGACCGUGAAGUUUCUGACCAGAAGGUUUAUCAGUGAAUAUGACCCCAACUUGGAAGACACCUACAGCUCUGAGGAGACUGUGGACCAGCAGCAUGUGCACCUGAGGGUCAUGGACACUGCAGACCUGGACACCCCCAGGAACUGUGAGCGCUAUCUGAACUGGGCCCACGCCUUCCUGGUGGUUUACAGCGUUGACAGCCGCCAGAGCUUCGAGGGCAGCAGCAGCUACCUGGAGCUGCUCGCUCUGCACGCGAAGGAGACGCAGCGCAACUACCCGGCUCUGCUGCUGGGCAACAAGCUGGACAUGGCCCAGUACAGGCAGGUCACCGAGGCAGAGGGCGCAGCCUUGGCGGGAAGGUUUGGGUGCCUGUUUUUCGAGGUCUCGGCCUGCCUGGACUUUGAGCACGUGCAGCACGUCUUCCAUGAGGCAGUGCGGGAGGCACGGCGGGAGCUGGAGAAGAACUCCCCGGCCCGGCCCCUCUUCAUCUCCGAGGAGAGGGCCCUGCCCCACCAGGCCCCGCUCACUGCCCGUCAUGGGCUGGCCAGCUGCACCUUCAACACCCUUUCCACCGUCAGCCUGAAGGAGAUGCCCACCGUAGCCCAGGCCAAGCUGGUCACUGUGAAGUCAUCCCGGGCCCAGAGCAAGCGCAAGGCACCCACCCUGACCCUAUUGAAGGGCUUCAAGAUCUUCUGAGGAUCCUAGGCUCAGAGCCUCGCAGGGCUGCAGGGGGUGGCUGACCUCUGGCCACUGGCUUUCCCUCCGAUGGAACAAUAGCCUGCGCCCUCUGGUGGACAGCUGACCGCUGCUCCAGCACCAAGCAGUGUCCCGGACACCCAGUUCAAUGUGUGAGCUGGAGGGACGGGCAGGAAUGCGGCUCCUAUUCCAAGGGCCUUGGUUUCCAUGGUAACCAUGACAUUCCCUGCCAUUGAAGGAAAACGGCCCCCUGGGACAGCCCAGACGCUGGAGUCAGCCGUAAGCAGGAGGAAAUUGAGUGUCCAUUGUGGUAUCACCCCUUCCUGCUCCAGCUCCCGCCAAGCCAGAUGUGGCCCCUAGUGGACAGCUCUGGGAGGACCGCUCCAGGAGGCCUGGCAUAAGUGUAGGCCUGAGGACAUCCUGCAGGAAGGACAGGCGGAGGCCCUCGAACACCUGGUGGGCGG